AUGACGAAAGUGGGUACCCCUGCUGAACCCAAUAUGAAGACCGAACACGACCCUCGUGCGGCAUCCACGAUCAAGGCACAAGGCGACAAUGAUCUGGACCUUCCGUCUGCUGAUGGGGCGAACGGAGCCCCACAACGAGAUGCGGAUGUGCUUCCCGUCUUGUGCGUAUUAGAUGCUGACAACCGAUCAGGACCUUAUUUGCCCUUGGGGACGUUGAGUGCCGAUGGAGACCUGAGCAGCACUUUUUUCUACGAUACGAAGGCUCACGUCUUGAAGGAGGUUGGGAUUGAGGAAGACGUUCUUCAUGUGGCUCCGCUCCCGCAGCUUUCUGGCGCUAGUUCGAAUGGAUGCCAGCUGUGUAUCGCAAUCACUUCGGUUGCCAGAAAGCAGGCUAAGGUUGAAGGCGAUCAUCCCCCUGGCCAUGGGAAGGAACUGAGGUGCCACCUGGUGUCCUGCUCCCCGCUUGCCAUCCUUUCCAGCUGCUCACUGAGCCACUACUUGUCAGGCACGCAAGGCUUAGAAGGACGACGGAGCCUGCAGUCGUGUGAAGACAAAAGAAAAGAGAGCUUGCAGGGAGCUGAUAAGGUCAAGGCAAGCCCUGGUGCAUGCCAACUUGCAGUCAGUGACACAUCCCCUGAAGAUGGUCGCAUGCGGGUUGUCCUAUUCAUCACUCUGGACGGCGACAUUGGUAACUGUGUCUACGCACCACUGGAUAUUGUUGUAGACGGCAAGUCCUUUAAACUAGCUGCUGGUUCGCCCGCCCCCACCGAACACGCUCGGUUUGGAAAGUGCGAGGCAGAACUGCUCCCCGUGCUCGCUAGACGUAGAUCAGAGGAUACUGGCUCCGUGUGGCGGCUUCGAAUGUGCGCUCAACCGGCACUAGGGGCAAGAGUGUCUCUGUUCUGCACUUCGAAUGAGAAGGCAUUGGCGACCAAAUCGAUUGACUCGCCAUGUGGCGGUUCAAGCGGGCGCACAGAGGAGAACGAGCGAGCUGUUCUGCUGACUGCCGACGAUGGUGCCGAGUUCAAGGUGCUCUCGUACCACCGGUCGACAUGCUCGUUUGCAGCGGCCAAGCGAUUCCGUCGCUUACUCUCCGCCUCAAGAGGAGAGGAAUCGCGCGGAGGCGUGCUGCUGUUGAACGCGGGCUUGUGCUUGGAAUGGCAGUGGAGCAAGGCGGACUCCUCCUGCAGGCUUGUACUUCGGGAGACGACCUGGGGCGCGCCUUGCUCUGCCGUGUUCCGCGUUGAGCUGCCUUCGUCGGCGGCCGGAAAAACGCCGAUAGUGCUUACGACGGGAUUGGACAGCAACCACCCGUGUGUGGUGGCCCUCAUUUGGCACACGAAAAACGCCGUUUUCUCGAUUCCGCUUCAUGUUCGGUCGAUCCGCGCUUCCAAUGCUGUUGGAGCUCUGGCCACGACGACUUUCCAAGGAGCUAGUAGGAGCAGCAACGCCAAAGCAAUUGAUGCGGUCGCGUCCAAACGGGACUCUCUGCUCCUCGCUGCGGCGGGAGUUACAAACGACAGGGAUCGCCUGCUGUGCAGGAACUUAUUCAGCUUUUGCCAGUCAACGAGGCUGCCGGAAGAGGCAUCGGCAAAGUCCACCGUAUCGUCGCGUGUGUUGUUAAACAAGUGUCAGGACUUGAAAGAGAUAGAGAAGUGGACGUGCCGCCUUCUUCAGAAAGGCAUUUUGUCGGCAUCUGCAGGUCUUGUCUCUUUUCUAAUACAGCAUCGGCUACAGAAAGCUGCUGUUUGCUGCUGUAUGGAUCCGAGUAUCCACGAACGUGACGUCGUUCGUCUAAUCCACUGGCGACCGAAGGCGUUUCUGCCAGUUGUCUUACAUCGCGCCCCUCAUCUCUCAAAACCGCUUCUGGUCCAAGCUUUCCAGGAACUCUUUUCCCGCGAAAGAGGACAGCGGUCGGACACCGCGUUACAGACUCUGCAGCAGGUCCUCUCCUGGUUGGAGCAGUACCUUAAUGCUCCGCCCCGUCAGCAAACACAGCAGGAAUGUGAAAAGGCUCCGCCUCUUGAACUCCUCUUAGACUUCGUCACAGUCCUUGUUGACGCAGAACUUUCCAGCUCGUUUAGUGGCAAUACGGAGACUGGGGUUGCUGGGCAGGACGAGGUCGCGCGACUUGCUUUCUCGAAAGUCUUGCGCCGAGUGCAGGACUUACUACAGCCGGAGGAUGGGGCGUUACUGCGCAGGCUGGAAGGGCGGCUUCUUGCCGCAUUGACAAGUGCUCAAGCCCUAGGAUCUGGGGAUGUUGCUGUUGGGCAUUCUCUGGUCCGCACCGUGACUGUUUCGCUCUGA